GGAGUACAGAGGGGAAGAAGAGAGAGAGAGAGAACGAACGGAGAAAUAGAAAAGCGAGGGACAGGGAGGGAGUAGAGAAGACCGUGGAGCCCGCGGCACUGAUGGAACAACAGGAUAUAUAACCGUUCCCUGGACACCGUAUUCCAUGCCUCUCCUCUGUCGGGGCCUCGUCAUUGAUGGGCAACCACUUGGACCGCAUCACCCAUCUCAGCUACAGCGAGCUGCCAACCGGCGAUCCGUCCGGAGUGGAGAAAGAGGAGCUCAGGGUCGGCGUAGCUUACUUCUUCUCCGACGAAGAGGAAGAGGUGGACGACGGAGGAGGAGGAGGAGGAGGAGGAGGAGGUUACCCUUGCACCAGCCAGGAGGGCCCCGGGGCGGUCAGCGAGCUGGAGUACUCCGCAUUCUGCUCCCAGGAAUGCAUCUUCUCCAAGCUACGCGAAAACCAGGACUUGAACGUGUACUCCGCCAAAACAUUGCUCUCCAUGUGCAAGCCAGGGGACCUUGUGGAACUAGUAUCCACAUCACAGGCACCUCACUGGGCUGUGUACGAGCUCAACGACCAGGUGAUACACCUGCAUGAGGGGGAGAUACGGAAGGACAGCCUGACUGAGAUAGGACGGGGCCGGCGUGGACGGAUAGUGAACAGCCGCUACCGCUUCCGGCCGCUGCCUGCCAACCUGGUCGUGCAGAACGCCACUGGGCACCUCGGCCUGAACAGCGGGGAGAUUUGCUGGACCAACUCGGAGAGCUUCGCCGCCUGGUGCCGUUUCGGGAAGCGGGAGUUUAAGAAGGGAGGCGAGGCGCACUCGGCGGCGCAGCAGUACUUUCUCAAAGUGCACUUUGACGCCGGGACUCGGAGUGGACACACGCUGGUGUUCCGUAGCCUGGAAGACAUGAUCUGGGAGCGCAGGCGUGUGGACGCCAGCGGGAUUCUGAAAGAGUUGUCUUUAGGGGUCAACGGUGGGAAGGAGUGAUUGAUUUUGGAAUUCUAAUUAAAAUGAUGGCCUAUACCUCUCCUCUUUCUUCUCACACACACACACACACACACACACACACACACACACAGCAAAAGAGAGAGAGAGAUAACGAGAGGAAGGAGUUGUUGUGUAUGUAGGCUGUCGGCAUACUGUGGGCAGACCGAGGACGGUGCUCUGUAACUCUUUAGGAAACAGAUGUGAUCAACGUGCUGUGGGCAGACCGAGGACGGUGCUCUGUUAACACUGUAGGAGACAGAUGUGAUCAACCUGCUGUGGGCAGACCGAGGACGGUGCUCUGUGACACUGUAGGAGACAGAUGUGGUCAACAUGCUGUGGGCAGACCGAGGACGGUGCUCUGUGACACUGUAGGAGACAGAUGUGGUCAUCAGGCUGUGGGCAGACCGAGGACGGUGCUCUGUGACACUGUAGGAGACAGAUGUGGUCAUCAGACUGUGGGCAGACCGAGGACGGUGCUCUGUUAACACUGUAGGAGACAGAUGUGAUCAACCUGCUGUGGGCAGACCGAGGACGGUGCUCUGUUAACACUGUAGGAGACAGAUGUGGUCAACCUGCCAAGAGAAGAACAGGAAAUAACACUCAACCAUUUUCAUGUAGACAUUGACAACUGCUCUUGCUUGUUAGAGUGGUUUCUCUCCACCUCUGAUAAGUCACAUAGCAUACGACUCCACUCACUCAUUUUUUAAAGGGUAACGGAAUUCUCUGCGCUCUCUAUCUCUCUGUUCCUGUCUCUCUCUCUCUGUCUCUCUCGCUCUCUGUCUCUCUCUCGCUCUGUCUCUCUCUCUCGCUCUGUCUCUCUCUCUCGCUCUGUCUCUCUCGCUCUGUCUGUCUCUCUCUCUCGCUCUGUCUGUCUGUCUCUCGCUCUGUCUGUCUGUCUCUCUCUCUCGGUCUGUCUGUCUGUCUCUCUCUCUCGGUCUGUCUGUCUGUCUCUCUCGCUCUGUCUGUCUCUCUCUCUCUCGCUCUGUCUGUCUCUCUCUCUCGCUCUGCCUCUCGCUCUGUCUCUCGCUCUCUCUCGCCCUGUCUCUCUCUCUCGCUGUCUCUCUCUCUCGCUCUGUCUCUCUCUCUCGCUCUGUCUGUCUAUUUUUCUCUCUUUCUGCAUAGGGCACAUGCUGCUGCUGCGGCAGACUAUGGCAAGAGAGAAAGAAAGCAGGACCGAGAAGGAGAGAUGUUUCUUGGAUUGCUCCGGGGAGUCUCGGUUUUAUUUUUUUACUCCUAGCUUUAACAUUACCUAAGAACCU